AUUUACAUGAGAAAAAUGCCUUUAAAUUUAGAAAAUAUUGCAGGCGUGUUGAGAUAUUCAUGAAAGAAAUGUCAGGUUAGGUUGGAAUGGUCCAUCUCUCCUGUAAAAGAUACGUGGUAGCUCCAACGCCAGUAUAUACGCGGUGACAGGUAAUUUUUCAUGUACUUGACGUCGAGAUGCUACCGCGUCUCUAGAUACGAGAGCUUACAGAGCAAAGCAACUUGUAUCUCAAUUCAAAAUAACAAAUACUUGCUAGUUACCGUAGCAGUUACCGGUCAGUGAGCGUUGGGGACAAAAAGUCGAUUAAUCGACUACCGGUCGAUCAGUAAUUGACGUUCAACGUUUUCAACCCUUUUUGGCGAAUUGGUAUAAAUUGUUAAAGGCAUCAACGAAUGUCUUCCUUUAAGUAAAAUUAUCAAUACGAUCGAGUAUUAGAAAGUUUGACGAUGUGCGAAAUUUACCGUUUGUUGGAUAAUUAUACUGUGGAUGUUCACGAAUGCCAAAACGCGUUUAAAGCGAGUGACGGAAAAAAAUCUCAUUUACAAAGAACAUUUACUAUAAAUAGCACUUACUAAUACGAAUUGGAGCAUCUGUGACAUGUAUUAUGAAAUAUUUUAAGAAGUAAAUAGGGCCGAUCGAUAAAUGCCUGGAGUUUGUCCACGCUGUAAUCGCGAGGUUUACUUCGCAGAAGAAAAAUUGGCUCUAGGAAAAGUCUGGCAUACGUUUUGCUUUUCCUGUCGUAACUGUCGAAAAUUGCUGAAUAGUUGCAGCGUGGUGACUCAUCUCGGUGAAUUAUUUUGCAAGAGUUGCUACGUUCAUCUAUCAACCGUAAAUCAUGAAAUCAAAGGAAUACCUAACUCGCCUGCAACCGUAAAGCUUUCAGCUCAGGACUCGUUGAACUGUUACCGGUGUAGCGGUCAAAGUUCUAUCGAUAACGUGUCGUUAAGUAGAAAACAACAUUGCAAAUUCGACGCGUGUAGACUUCGUGGCGGAGGUAGUGAAGUUGAAGAGACAAACGUUUCUUUAGACGAAGAGAAAAGGUAUUUCUUAGAAAACGAAUGUGCAAAUCUAGGUAUUGCCAAUUUGAUGACAACAGUUUGUGAUCCUCCACCCAGCCCUACUGCAGUGACCACAUGGUACAAUCGACAGCAUUCAAAGUUUCGCAGUACACUACCACUGGAGCCGCAGAAGAAUACCGUUAUCGCGAAAGACUGUCCAUACGAAGUACGGCAACAAGAAAGCGACCUGUCCGAGUUGAAGUCUUCGCUUAGCAAUAAUGAAAUCGACGUCACAGACCCUUCGCUAAGCGCAGACAAAACUCGAGCGACGACUACCGAUUGGACUAAUAAAAUUAAAAAAUACGAAAUUCCACCAAGACGAAAGUUUACGUAUCCGCCGGUACCGCCGCCUCGAAGUCCGUUGCCUUCCCGACGACGAGUCUCGUUCUGCGACGUCGUCUUCGGGGAUACGCGCGAAAACGAGCAGAAUUGUAUCACGAAAAUGCAGGAUGUUCGUCGUAGGCCUUGCUGCAAUAACGACGGUAACGAGGAAUUCAAGGAUUCGUACGACAUUUGGCAAGCGGACGAACCGGCUGGUAAACACGACGGCGGAUACGAAAAUGUCGAUUUGAGACAAACGGAGGACACCAGCAGGAUGCAUUUUGAGAAAUGUGCUUCGGAGUGUUACGACGACGGCGAAGAGACGUCGAACAAAUGCAAUGACACCGAGAAGAACUGUGAACAAGACAACUCGGAGCCACGUGGGUACAGAAUAAUGAACGAGAAAGACGAUGCGUCGUCGAGGGAGGACGUCAUGGCUUGCGAUCAUCAAAAUUGUUCGAAUUCGUCGAACGUGCUUGACGAUAACGAACGUUUGAGGGGGGGAUGCGGAGGUGUGUGUGGACCAUGCGCACCUCGUCCUAAAGUCGCUUGUGGAGUAGUUAAAGUGGUAGAAAGUCCUUGCGUCCACUGCAUGAAAAGAGAACCGGAACCUUGUCGCGUUAUUCCAUCCUGUUCAACCUGUUCAUCGCCGUGCAGCGAUAGACGGGCUUGCUGCUCUCUGGCGAACGAACGGCCGAUUUGCAAGAAAACGAUCAUCAGAUGUCGUCCGUCGUGCACGAAAGAGCCCCAGACCUGCGCCGGUAGUGGAUGUUGCGGAAGCGGAUGUCGCGGUGGUUGUGGAAAGCCUGGACAAACGUGUAUGCCGUCGAGACCUUGCGCGGUUCCACCUUGCAGACCUUGUUCGCCUUGUUCUCCACCGCGACCAUGUCCCCCGCAACCAUCUUGCUGUUGCAGCAGAAAAUGUGGAACUUGUUGUCCAAGUGGCGGUAGCGUGUGCUACUGUCGUUCGAAGAGUCCUGUGUGCCGCGUGAAUCGAGUUAGAAGGUGCAGCGCCGACAGAGCGGAAACUAUCGAUGAAGGGUGUUGCAGACCGAAAGUUGGAUGUGAGUGCCUCGGUGGAGGUCUUGAUUGCCAGCGCUGCGGACGAAAAGUGUAUCAAGCUGAAAUGCAGAUCGUGUCCGGCAUACCGUUUCACAAUAUAUGCUUCAGCUGCUACUGCUGUAGGAAACCCUUGGAGCCAUUAACGUAUCAAGAAAAUUGUGGAGAAAUUUACUGUAAACAAUGUUAUGUUCGAAAUUUUGGACCACAAGGAUAUGGGUAUGGCGUGGGACCAGGAGCAUUACAGACUCCCAUGUGAAGCUGUUAAACCACCCUUAGACGUUCAACAAUAGUAAACUCGGUCAAAUGUAGUAUCUUAAACUGUAACGGAGAUAUUCUCGUCUGCUUGUGAUGUUGUUUUCUUAUCGAACGCUUUUGUUUCAAUUUAUAAGUGACAGUUUUUCCUUAGUAGUUUGUACAAAGCUAUUUUUAUAAUGCAUACAUUAAAGCACAGUCUGCGAAAUAGUGUGUUCGAAAAGCGUCGUAUUUUAGUAUAAUUGGGGAUAAUAAGUUACUAAUGAACCCUAGAAUAUAGUCGCUGGUGGGGAUCUUGUGAGGUCGAAAACCGAAACAGCAGUUACUUCUUUAUUGGCACAGGUAUCUGAUCCCUACGACGGACAGGGAUGUCGUGGCUCUAAAGUAAUGCAUGCUUACGUUGCACGCCGGGACCUCAAGUUACGAGUUUGUUACGAAUGUGUCGAAUUUUUCCAACCUGAAAAGACCAAAAAUUCUUGACGACGAUAGGUUAACUAAGUUCCUACCUAUCACAGUAUUUUCAAUAAGUAGAGUCCUUUUAUACAUUGAGGAGUGUGCUGCAAUAAGGAAGUAGCACCAUUUUUUCCAAUUUUCCUCCUUCCUUAAGGGUGCGCAGGACCCAGAGCCAAACUCCGAGUUGACUUCAGCGACAGUUGCGGAAAAAGUAGGAAACUCCGAGAUAAGGACAGAGAGGGCGAUACAACAAUUGGAGGAGAGACGAGGACAGGGCGAUUAGGCUAGCAUGAUUCUUGUUA